GGUCGUAGGCGCUAGCCCUGGGCGCAGAGGUUUCUGGGAGCUCGGAGUCGUAAUGGCGUCUGUAUGAUCUUCGGAGAUUGCUGCAUCGGACCUCGGCCAGUGUGAGCGGCAGGAGGAUAGCAUAAAAGAUGACAACAGCAGCCAGGCCAACCUUUGAACCUGCAAGAGGUGGAAGGGGAAAAGGAGAAGGUGAUUUGAGCCAACUUUCAAAGCAGUAUUCAAGCAGAGACCUACCCUCUCACACAAAGAUAAAAUACAGACAAACUACUCAGGAUGCCCCUGAAGAGGUUCGUAACCGUGACUUCAGGAGAGAGUUGGAAGAAAGAGAGAGAGCUGCUGCAAGAGAGAAAAACAGAGAUCGUCCAACCCGAGAACAUACAACCUCCUCUUCAGUGUCAAAAAAGCCACGGUUAGACCAGAUUCCUGCUGCCAACCUUGAUGCAGAUGACCCUCUAACAGAUGAAGAAGAUGAAGAUUUUGAAGAAGAAAGUGAUGAUGAUGAUACUGCAGCUCUUCUUGCAGAACUGGAAAAAAUUAAAAAGGAAAGAGCUGAAGAGCAGGCCAGGAAGGAACAAGAACAAAAAGCUGAAGAAGAGAGGAUUCGUAUGGAAAACAUUCUGAGCGGAAACCCUCUCCUUAAUCUCACUGGCCCAUCGCAGCCUCAGGCCAACUUCAAAGUUAAAAGAAGGUGGGAUGAUGAUGUUGUCUUCAAGAACUGUGCGAAAGGUGUAGAUGACCAGAAGAAAGACAAAAGAUUUGUAAAUGACACACUGCGAUCUGAAUUUCACAAAAAGUUCAUGGAGAAAUAUAUUAAGUAGUACAGUUUUAUGUGCUUAAUUAAAGACUGUAAAACAUAAAGGAUCAUUCUGACUUAUUUUUAUGAGUUUUUUUCUUUUCCCUGUCUAAAUUGUGUGUGGGCUUCCCCAAUUUUAAACUCCUAUCUUUUUCUUUAGUGACACCUUACUUGAUAAUGGACUUGGGAAUAGGUUUAACCCAAUUUGCAUUCUCCGAAUGUUUCCAGUGAUACGUUUUCUUGUGAAAAGCAAACCUGCCUGUAAUAAAUAUUUUUAAUCUAAAUAAC